AUGGCCCCCGCAAGCCAAGAAACUCCAGCUCCGGCAGAUGGUCGAACGUGGCGCCAAUACUUCCCAAAGGGAGAUCUAUGGGUAUUCGGCUAUGGGAGUCUGAUAUGGAAGCCACCGCCUCAUUUUGAUCAGCGAGUACCGGGGUAUAUCGAAGGCUAUGUGCGCCGGUUCUGGCAGGCCAGUACCGACCACAGAGGUACCCCCGAGCAGCCCGGCCGUGUGGUAACGGUGAUUGAACGCAAUUUCUGGGAGACGCUGGAUGAUCCGCUAUCCCAUCUAGAGUCUUCCACAACCCGCGUCUGGGGCGCCGCAUACCACAUCCCAGCGUCCCACGCCGAGGAAGUCCAUGAUUAUCUUGAUGUGCGCGAAAUAGACGGGUACAGUGUGCACUAUACACCGUUUCACCCCGUGACGAGCACAGCCACCGCUACUGGCACAAGCACAGACCAAUCCACAUCCGCAUCCCCGAUGACAUGCAUGGUCUACAUUGGCCAGCCUAGCAACCCACAAUUUCUGCGCGACCCAGCAUGCCGCGAUCCACAAGACGUCGCGGAGGUGAUCUCCCGCGGCGUCGGACAAAGCGGGAAGAACACAGAAUAUCUGUAUUUGCUGGAGAAGGCGCUAGAGGGUAUUGGGCUAGGAAGUGCAGAUGAGCAUGUCACGGAUCUGGUGAAGAGAGUUAGGGCAAUUGAGGGUUCGGGAGAGGCUGAUAAGGAAGAGGAGAAGGCGAAAAGAGAUAUUAGGGUUUCGCUUGAGGCUGCUGAGAGGGGUGAUAUAGGGAAUGAAGGAGAGGACGAUCUGGCGGAAUAG